GAGGUGGUGGUGGUGGUGGUGGAGAAACAACAGGAGCACUGCUCGCUCGUCAUUCGACUGUGGCUCGCCGCCGCGCUCACAUCGCUCUCUCUGUCAGCGCCGCAACCCGCAGCACACGAGACGCACGCACGCAAGCCACCCUUGCCGGGCGAGGAUUUCGCUCGACUCGACGGCCGACAAACAGCUCAUUCUUUCUUGCACCCGGACGGCUGACACCAUUGAGGUGGCGACGGAGGCGUUCGCGUCCAGAUUUCUCACCUCAGGUGAGACGGGAUGCGGAAGGAGCUUGGCGGCCUCGACCUCACUCUCGACGCCGUCGUCCGCAGCCCUGCCUGAACUGAGCGCUUCCAUUCCCCGCUGCACCUCGAUGGCCGAGGGUGCUCCUGAGGACGAGCGUGAAGCCCUACUCGUGGCCGCCGCAGCCGCUGCUGCGGCUGCCUCUGCAGCAGCAAAGAGGGAGGACAACUCCUCGUCUUCCUCUUCGUCGACGCCGUUAAACCUCCACAAAACUGAUGUCGGCAUGAUGGAGAAAAUCCUGAUCUCGGACGGCCUCAACAAUAACAACAGCAGCAGCGCUAAAAGUACGCCGUCAUCUUGUCACCAGCAACAGGCCCAAGAUGCGGAGAGCGGCAGUGCAGCCUCGUCCCCGAGGCACCCGAUGCCCGCCGAGCCCCCAUGCAGUCCACCGCUCACCCCGCAAAUUCCCACCUUUCCUGGACUCAACGGUGACCUGGACGCGGCCAAACUGGCUGCAGCCGUCGCUGCUCAAGCUCAUCUUAAUGGUACAGUUUUCAUCUCAACAGUGGCAAGUCUGGCGAAUUUCCAAAACCUGGCCGGUCUGCAAUCAUCCCUGGCCAACGCGCCUCUGAAUCUGACGAUGAGUUCGUCGCAACACCAAAGCAAUUCUCAAACGCAGCAACAACAGCAACCCACCACCAUGCCCCAACUGAUUUUGGCCUCAGGGCAGCUGGUCCAAGGCAUUCAGGGCGCGCAAUUACUCAUCCCUACCUCUCAAGGCUUGGCGACGCAAACGAUUUUAGCCAUCCCUGUCAGCCAGUCACCUGGCAGUCCGUUAAUCCCUUCGUUAGUGAGUAGCCAAUCACCCCUGCAGAGCUUGACUCAACCCUUACAGCUGGCCACAGGCGCAGGUGGAGGAACCUCCAGUCCACCCCUUAGCAGUUUAGCCCUGAAUUCGCAGCACCUUUUGAGUACAGCAGCCCCAGGAUUGGGUCUGCCCCCGCAGCUGAUGCCGCAACCCCUGGUGGCCACCAGUAACGUGCCCUCCAACAACAACACCUCCAUCUCCAGUCAGUCCAUGAGCAGAGGGUCGGCGUCACCGCCCAACCACAGAUCGCACCCAUACUCGAUACCGGAAAAGCACCCUAAUGGCGCCCUUAAUGGAACUUCGAUGAACACAAUCAGCCGCCUGGCCAACGCUACUGGCCUCACAGUGACGCCCACACAAAGUAGAGCUCAUUCUGUGCCAUCGUCACACCACAAAUCAAGCCCCCUCUCCGCUCAGCAGCCGCAGCCCCCACCUCAAAACCAGCAUACCUCGUCGCACCAAAACGGCAGCCUCAGUCCCGGCGCCCUCAGCCCAUCGGCCCUCGACCCACUAAAUGAUAUGAGUCACUUUGAUGACAUUCCAGGUCAGCCGACCAUAAACCAGGCAACAGGGAACGUCGUGGACGGUAUUAACCUGGACGAAAUCAAGGAGUUCGCCAAAGCAUUCAAACUGAGAAGGCUGUCGCUGGGUCUGACGCAGACGCAGGUUGGACAGGCCCUGAGCGUCACCGAAGGACCUGCCUACAGUCAGAGCGCCAUCUGCAGUGCCCUGGCUACUCAGAUGUACUGUACUGCUGCUCAGAUUGCGUCCCAGCAACAAGCUAUGUUUGAAAAACUUGACAUCACCCCAAAGAGUGCUCAGAAAAUUAAGCCUGUCCUGGAGAGGUGGAUGAAGGAGGCUGAGGAAAGGUACAAAAGUGGUCACAACCAAUUGACAGAGUUCAUUGGAGUGGAGCCAUCGAAAAAGAGGAAAAGAAGGACUUCAUUCACACCUCAAGCUUUAGAAAUACUCAAUGUUCACUUUGAGAGGAACACUCAUCCUUCAGGUGCAGAAAUUACAGCUUUGGCUCAACAGUUGGGCUACGAGCGAGAAGUGAUUCGAAUUUGGUUCUGCAACAAAAGACAAGCCUUGAAGAACACAGUGCGCAUGAUGUCAAAGGGGGUUGUUUAAUUUCCGCUCGAUUCAGUUCUAGGGACCAAACGAGGAAAGCAGAAUAUCGUGACAAAACUGCUUGAAGUACGUUGUACAGAGCAAAAUAUCGCGUGUGUUUAGAAGAGAGACAAUCAAUGUGCAUCAAGAAAUACCAGUGAAGGAGAAUCAGCAACAAAUAAUAUAUUAAACAUACUUCUAUAGACUCUUAUUGAUAUUAAAAAGAUGGUGUAAUUAUUAUAAAUUAUAGAUUCAUGUCUCAAAGACAGAAACCACUCAAAUCUAGAAAAAUAAAUCAUAUUUGAAGAGCAUUUAAGAA